UUUUUUUCCCUGCCAAGGCCGGAACUAGUUAGUUGCCGUCUGGCCACCCUAGUCACGUGACCCUAUUGAUUUCCUGUGGAGCAUGGAGGAUGCUGUGGAGAAAUUAUGGUCCUGUCGAGUGCGCCGAUGCGGAGCUAGUCAAUUGGUGGGAACGGCAUAAGAUAUAUUUGGUUAUAGCUUGGGUGUGUGGAGCGGAAAUCAGCAUUUCAGCACCAAAAGUAAGGGACGCUGAACACCCGAAAGUCGCUGUGGUGAAGGCCAUGCAGCCAGCGGCGAUGUCUCUAUCUGUACCCGAUGACCCCGUUCUGCGGGAAGAGUACAAAGUGGACGAUCCGGGGCGCGUCGGCGUCGCUUCCAGGGAACUUGCGGCGGAGUCAGAACGCCCGAGCCUGGCGGCGUUGUUGGCCGCAGCUGAGAAGGCAGCCGAGGCACGCCGAGCGGCUACCAGGGAACGCCAGAGGGCGAGCCGCCGGCGACUGGCGGAGAAACAACUUGAGGCCAUACGCGCUUACGAUCGGGAACGCAAGAGAGCGCAAAGAGAAGCCCUAACGCCGGAACAACUGGAUGCACAACGGACGCGCGAACGGGAGCGUCGGCAAGGCCUCACGGACGAAGAGUUUGAAGCCAUCCGCGUCGCUCGCCGCGAGAGGGAACGACGCCGACUAGAGCGAGAUAAAGCGAAGGUCCAAAAAACCGAAAACAGGUCGAAAGGGACAGAAAAACGAUCCUCUCAAACCUCAAAGAUCGAUGAGAUCGGUGAUGACUGCGACGCGCGACGUCAGGUUAGGCGGAACGCCAGAAACGGGUCGAGAGAGACGGAAGAACGGCGACCCCCUCGCCGCAGUGGGGCUAGUAGCCCUACCCCUACGAACGAUGAGAUCGACGAUGAAUGGAACGCGAGCCGUCACAUGAGGCGUACAGUUGCCUACGUGUGCGUGAACGAUGUGAGGGAGUCGGAGGAUAUAGGUGCCGCACCUAACGCACAGCCCACCUGCAUCAAUUGUAUGCUGAGGGAUGGUACAUUAAGGAAGAGGUCACGGCGAUGUUACAGUAAAUGCAUUGGAAAGGAUGACAUCCUGCCUGAGCAUGCACAUCAGUCAUCGCAGACUGAACACCACAUCACUCUAGUCUGGUGCCCCAGGCCAAAUAUUUCAACAUGCAGUGCUGAAGUACAGGUGGAUCUGUUGUGACAGCUGUGUUGAUGCGAGUGCUUGAGAGGCUUUCUUUGGUGGCAGUGGUACCAGGCUCAACCAGAACCAAAGAAAGAAUGACUUCACCAUUGAGCAAGGCCACUACGUACAGUCACCUUGGUUCUUUGUGCACCAGUGCAAGUGAGAACACUCCGUCAUAAGCAUCGGUACCUCAAGUCAGUUGUGCUCAGCACCCAAGUUCUUUGACGGCGUGACUCAACUUCGUGGUCCAGCAGGGACACUUCCUGCUGACUCACUGGCAAGACCUCCACCGCCAAACAAGUAAAGUUCUGUGACUUCAGCCUCAGCAGACACAAAAUGUCGCACUCUUUUUUUUUUUUUUUGGCAGUGUCAUCUGCCACAGACCAGCGCAUCAAUUGCCUAGUGAAUGCCUUCAUGUCUCCUACAUCAAGAGCGAAAAUGAGUGCACAUAUGACUUAUUUGUGACCAAUACGUCCAAGAUGAAAGGGAACCGUUUCUAGUGGCUUCUUGAGUCUCUCACAUGCAUUGGCUCUGGCCCUGCCUAGUGGGAUUCCAGUGGCAACCGCAACCCCAGUCUCUAUGGCAUGCUUGCAGCAUUUAGAGAUGUUAUACUGAACUCUGAAAGUGACGAUAUAUCCUGAUAACCUGAGAAAGGCAGAAGAAAGUGAAUGACUUGAGCAAUGGUCACUUGUGCUACAUCGUUUAGGAAGAGCACUUUUGCAGAUGCACUUAGCGCGAAGGACCUGGCAUGCAUGAUUAGGGAGGACAUAAACACUGCCGCAGACAAGGCAGCGUUAUUUGUGGGUUAUGUCUCUCAGUCCAAGCAGUCAUAUCCCCUUCAGUGGUGGUGGCUACGUUUGUGUACGCCACCUGUUUAUGCUAGUUGAUUUCAACUUUUGGCCAAAAGAGAGCAAGUCAUAUUGCUCAUAAGCGAACCUUCUCCAUAGUCAGUAUGUUUCGACUUAACCUCAGUGUGCUGUGUAUGACUGUAACUUAUCACUUUAGUGAAAGCAGUACAAUGUUCGACGGGUCAUUAUUGUCAGUAACGUCAAGAUUGUUACUUUUCUUCUGUUGAAAUGAAUACAACUAAAAACUGAUUGUGCACACAUUGGAGCCUAUUAUUUCAUUCUUUUGAUGUCAAAAUGGAACGUGGCUGACUGCAAAAUAAUUAAAUAUUUAAUUACAUGCUAACUAGAAUUAAUUACCAAUACUCACACAAAACAACACAUUGCUUCAUUUUCUUUCG